GUGCGGUCCCACAAUACCAGGCGGGAGGGCGGGCAGGCGGUUCGUAUCCGGGCUGCGAGGGGCGCCGAGCUCCGCCGACCGUGCCGCCGCUGUCUCUUUAACGCGAGAGGAAGCGAUGCGGAGGGGUGGAAAAUGGCAGAGCUGCAGAUGUUACUAGACGAGGAGAUCCCGUCUGGCAAGAGGGCGCUGAUAGAGAGUUACCAGAACCUGACGCGAGUGGCUGACUACUGUGAGAACAACUACAUACAGGCUACAGACAAGAGAAAAGCUUUAGAAGAGACCAAAGCCUACACAACCCAAUCCCUAGCUAGUGUUGCUUAUCAAAUAAAUGCACUGGCCAACAAUGUACUCCAGCUGCUGGACAUCCAAGCCUCUCAGCUUCGGAGAAUGGAGUCUUCCAUCAAUCAUAUCUCACAGACAGUGGACAUUCAUAAAGAGAAGGUGGCUCGAAGAGAGAUUGGUAUUUUGACAACAAAUAAAAAUACAUCAAGAACUCACAAAAUAAUAGCACCUGCAAAUAUGGAGCGUCCUGUGAGGUAUAUCCGGAAACCUAUCGACUAUACAGUUCUGGAUGACGUGGGCCAUGGUGUCAAGUGGCUAAAAGCCAAGCAUGGAAAUAACCAACCUGCAAGAACUGGCACACUGUCGAGAACAAAUCCUCCUACUCAGAAACCACCAAGUCCUCCCAUGUCAGGCCGGGGAACACUGGGACGGAAUACUCCUUACAAAACCCUGGAACCUGUUAAGCCCCCAACAGUUCCUAAUGACUACAUGACGAGUCCUGCUAGGCUGGGAAGUCAGCACAGUCCAGGCAGGACAGCCUCUUUGAAUCAGAGACCGAGGACACACAGUGGAAGUAGUGGAGGAAGUGGAAGCCGGGAGAACAGCGGAAGCAGCAGUAUUGGCAUUCCCAUCGCCGUGCCUACACCUUCCCCGCCCACGGUUGGACCAGCCCCGGGCUCCGCUCCUGGUUCCCAGUGCGGCACAAUGACCAGGCAGAUGUCUCGGCACAGCUCUACCACCUCCUCGGCCUCCUCCGGUGGAUACAGACGGACUCCCUCUGUGACUGCCCAGUUUUCUGCUCAGCCUCAUGUUAACGGAGGUCCACUUUAUUCUCAAAAUUCAAUUUCUAUUGCUCCGCCCCCUCCCCCUAUGCCCCAGUUGACUCCACAGAUUCCUCUCACAGGCUUCGUGGCCAGGGUGCAGGAAAACAUUGCUGAUAGUCCAACUCCACCCCCACCACCUCCACCAGACGACAUUCCCAUGUUUGAUGAUUCUCCACCUCCGCCGCCACCACCCCCAGUGGAUUACGAGGAUGAGGAGGCUGCGGUAGUUCAGUAUAAUGAUCCAUAUGCAGACGGGGAUCCUGCCUGGGCCCCUAAGAAUUACAUUGAGAAAGUUGUUGCAAUAUACGAUUACACAAAAGACAAGGAUGAUGAGCUGUCUUUUAUGGAGGGUGCCAUCAUUUACGUUAUCAAGAAGAACGAUGACGGCUGGUAUGAAGGCGUUUGCAACCGAGUGACUGGUCUGUUCCCUGGGAACUAUGUUGAAUCAAUCAUGCACUAUGCUGAUUAAACUUUUUUGCUUUUAAAGUAGAUUAUUAUUACUCAGUCAUACUGUGGGACUCUUAUGGCUAACAGAAUUGUCUUAAUAUGUUUUAAAAUGUGCCCAUAUUUUCAGGACAUGCUGUUUUAUUGGUAUCUUUGAAUGUCUUCACAUAAGCAUAAAUCUUUGAGGCAGUUUGUGUAUUGCUAAACAGCAUUUUUUUACAAGAGGCUGUCCAGAAGUGAUUAUGCUUAUGUAUUUACUUACUCACUGUUAACUUUAUGACCAGCCUAAAUAUUCUGGGGAAGUGGGGUAUAUAAAUAUUUAAUGAAUCAUGAUUCAGAUUGUCCCAUUACAUCUUUCAGUGCAGCCUGGUUACUAACACUGUCAGACUAAUAUUAAAAUGCUGGUGCUGGUCAUACUUUUCAUUUAGAUUCUUUCAUUCUAUAACUAUACUGUUUGUUUAAAGCAUGCAGACAAAUUUAUGUAUUGAAAUAUACUUAAAAAAAUCCAAGAUGCUUCCAAUUUGUUAAUAUUUUACCUGGCGUACUCAUCCUUGUCUCUAAACAAAUCGAGUCUCUAAGAUCUCCAUGUGAAACAAAACAAACAAAAAAGGGUGAUCUGUAAUGUUGUAAUUUGUAUCUAAGUUUUUUAAUGAGUGAAUUUGAAUUAUAAUUUUUUUCCAUUCAUAAAUACGUAAGUGAACCAAAGGUCUUUGUCCUUUCCUUCACUGGUUUGAUUUAAAAAUAAAUAAAUAAAUAAAAGAUACUGAUUUAUUGCAGAAUUAUCGUUCUAUUUUUCUCAAUAUAUUGACUUUGCAAAACAUUUUAACCUUAUCUCAAUCUGUCCCAACAGCAACAUGACUGAUUAUUGCAGAUUUACAAUCUGACUUACAAGUCAAUCUACUGAAUCCCUUUUUAAAUAACUUUUUCAAAGCUAAGAAAAUGAGUCAAAAGUAUGCAUAUUCAUUUUGUAGGUAAAAUUCUUAAGGAUUGCUAUUUUAAUUCUUGCGUUUUACAGUGGACUGUUGUAUACUGGUUCAUUGAAAGGAAAUUAUAAGUGCAUAUUGCUUUUGUAAAAGUGGAUGCAGCUGAUUUUUGAAUAGGCACUAUUUAAUCCAUUGUCUGGCACUGGCAGUGAAAAAAGAUUUUGACAGAAAAUAAUUGGGAAGGAAGGUGGGCCAUGUAUUAACCAGUGAACAGGGAUAUGCCUAACCAACAGAUUUUGUCUUGUCAUUGGACAUAAUUGAAAUGCAACACAUGCACUUUGUGUGUCUCCUCUUAAUUUAAGGGAGGGUUAGAGGGAUGUUUUUUCUAUCUUGUGUAUAAUUCUGUAUUGCUUAGGAUAUUACAGUGGAGCACUCCUACGUGGGUUUCUGUGUAUUGAGGAUUUGUUUGGAUUUCAAAUUAUGUUUAUGUACUGGGUGUUAUAUAGACUUCUAACAGCAUAGUGAAUGGUAUAAGAAUAGUAGAAAACAUUUAUUUCUGAAAAUUAAAGACCAUUAUUGCUACCAAA